AUGGAGUCUGCCGCAGCUGUCAAAGUAUCGUGGAGAGAUCUUUUUGCUUUCACCAGAUGGACACACUGUGUCGCUCUCGUCCCGGCAGUCAUCGCUUCAUGUGCCGUCGGGGCAUUCAAGACUUCGUUGGCCGUCACUCUCGGUCUCUUCUUCCAGUAUACCGUCGAUGUUGCCGACGGCUCCGUCGGAGGCCCAGAGACUAUUAAACGCACGGCAGCCCUGAGUGUAAUUCUUUGCGGGCUUGGAGCCGGUCACUGGGCUGCCAACACCGCCUUUUUCGCCUCUUGGGUUCUCUUCGGCGAGCUGCAGGCCAAGAGCACUCGCGAACAACUGUUCAAGAGCCUCCUUAAAAAAGACAUGUCCUGGUACGACUCCCAGUCCGAGGGCGUUUCCAGUCUUCUCGUGCGGAUCGAGUCACAAACUCGUGAACUACAAAUCGCCACAUCCCAGGUUCUUGGCUUUCUCAUAAGCGAUAUCGUCGUCUCCGUCGCCUGUCUCAUCGUCAGCUUUUACAUGUCCUGGAAGCUCACCCUGGUCCUGCUCGCCACUGUUCCCAUCUCGAUAGUUGCGCUCACUCUGGCAACUCGUCGCCUCCAACCCGCCAUCCAGUUACAGAAGGCCCACCUCUCCCAAGCGACCAAGUACGCCAACUCGUCGAUCACGGGCAUCGACCUCGUCAAGAUCUACAACGGCUUCGACACAGAGGUAUGGCACUACCUCAACUCUAUCAACGCUUCGAUGAAGCAAUACCUCGUACAGGCGCACUGCAACGCGGUGCAGAUGGGCUACGCUAAGUUCUGGGUCGUCAGCCUGUUCGCGGUGGGUUUCUGGUAUGGGAUUGUGCUGGUGCAAGAGGGCGCGAGCCCGGCGCAGAUCUUGACAACGUUCUAUGCCACCUUGACUGCCCUGCAGGGCAUUGAGAAUCUGAUGCCGCAGUGGCUUGUACUGGCUAAGGGGAUGGCGGCUGGUCAGUCGCUUCGACAGACUGGCGCGUAUGUUAACAGGGGAAAGAAGCGUGUUGGCACCCACAAGCCGAGCUGCUGCAUUGGGGAUAUUGAAGUCAGUGAUGUGAGCUUCGCAUACCCCUCGAAUCCCGCCCAGAUUGUCCUCCAGAAAUCAUCCUUUCGUUUUCGUGCUGGCGAGACGUGCUUCAUCGUUGGUAAAAGCGGCUCUGGAAAAAGCACAUUGGGCAAUCUUCUCGUCAACUUUUAUGAACCGCUCACUGGAACCGUCUUGGUCGACCAUCAUCUUCUCCAAGAUCUUGAUGACGAAUGGAUCCGAAGGAAUAUUACUCUCAUCCAGCAAACAAGCGUGUUGUUCAACGAGACGUUCUUCCGCAACGUGGCAUUCGGCCACCCAUCUCCAAACGAUGUCACCCUCGAAGAGGUCAGGUCAGCCUGCGACACAGCCAUUCUACAGUCAACGAUUGCCGCUAUGCAUCAGGGGCUCGAUACACCCGUUGGCACUGGAGGUUACAGCCUUAGUGGGGGGCAAAAGCAGCGCAUCGCCCUCGCCCGUGCCAGGCUGCGCGACCCUCCUAUCCUCAUUCUCGAUGAGGUUACAAGCGGACUUGAUCUUGUUAGUAAGACUCUCGUUAUGGAGGCUAUCCGCGCCUGGCGCCGGGACAAGACGACCAUCAUCAUCACGCAUGAUGUCUCCCAGAUCAAGGACGACGACUAUGUCUUCGUCAUGGACAAGAGUCGUCUCGUACAAGAAGGCUGCCGAAGAGAUAUCGCUGUCGACGAGGGUGGCUUCUUUGCUGCACUUCUUUCUGCUUUGCACGACGAGGAUAUCGAAAGCGAGAAUACGCAAGAGAAUGUGAAUCCGAACCCGUCCUCCAUCGCGCUCUCGCGCUCGGUUUGGGCGCAACUGUCGAAUCCUGACCGCCUCAAGCUCCUGUCUGGAAUGAUACUCUGCAUCGUCGUCGCUGUCUCCGGACCUCUUUUCGCGUUCGCCUUCACCCGGCUCCUCGAGACCUUCUGGGCGGAUGAGGACGUACAGCGCUCAGUCGGCCAGAAAUGGGCCGUCGUCAUGGUGGCUGUUGCAGUGAUCGAUGGACUUUCCACCUGGUUGGGCAGAUACCUGAUGGAGUUUUCAGGCCAGGCCUGGGUCAAUGCACUGCGAAUUGAGGCAUUGAAGCGAAUCCUCCAGCAGCCCAAAUUGUGGUUCGAUAAGCCCAAGCACUCAGCUGGUCGGAUUACGGAGUGCAUGGACAGGAACGCCGAGGAGAUGCGGAACAUCGUCGGCCGCUUUGCCCCCAUCAUCAUCGUCGUCACGUUCAUGGUGCUUACGGCCUUCAUCUGGGCGCUGCUCGUGCAGUGGAAACUGACUUUGGUUGCGCUGUCAGGUGGCCCGGUCAUCAUGGCGACUGUCAAGGCCUUCUCUUACACAAGCACAAAGUGGGAGACGACCUGCAACCAGGGCGCAGCAGACACGAGCGCCGUGCUGGCCGAGACAUUCAGCAAUAUCCGCGUCGUCAAGAAUUUAACUCUCGAGGCUUACAUGUCAAAGAAGUAUAACAAGUCGGCUGAGUCCACCUUCAAGCUCGGCAUCCGGCGGGCGGCGUACACCUCGCCUCUCUUCGGCCUGUAUCAAGCCGUCAACUUUUUCCUGCUGGCUCUCGUGUUCUACUACGCCAUGGUACUUGUAGGCACGUACGAGGCAGGGACAGCGCAGAUUCAGCAGGUGUCCAACCUUGUUCUCUUCACCAUGGGCCAAGCAGGAUCUCUUCUCGGAACAAUUCCUCAGCUGGCCGCCGCUCGAGCCACGGCAGCGCAGAUGCUAUACUACGCCGCCCUACCAAUACAUUCCUCUGACGAAGAGGACCUCGACACGGGGCUUGGCAAGCUUGCCUCGCCUCUUCCGAUCAAGAUGGCGAAUCUGAACUUUACAUAUCCAUCUCGGCCCGCGCAUCAGGUCCUCCGCAACCUCUCCCUCGAAAUCAAGGCCAGCACCUGCACAGCCAUAGUCGGUUCCUCGGGCUGUGGCAAGAGCACGCUGAUAUCUCUCCUCAUGGGCAUCUACUCCCCGCCGCCUCCGACCCUUGUCUCUUACGAGAAGCGCCCACAGCUCACCUUCGCCGGCAGGCCCUUCUGGGACAUUGACCAACCCCACCUCCGCUCAGCCAUGGCCUACGUUCCCCAGGCCCCUUUCCUCUUCCCUGCCUCAAUCGCCGAGAACAUUGCAUACGGUCUGCCCGAUGCUUCUCCGCUCCGCAGCCAGGCGAGUCUCGAUCAUGCAGCACGAGCAGCCGGCAUUCACGAUUUCGUCAUCUCGUUGCCUGGAGGCUACGGCACCCUCAUCGGCGAGGGUGGACAGACUCUCUCGGGAGGGCAGGCCCAGAGGGUGUGUAUCGCGCGAGCACUGGCGAGGCGGCCGAAACUGUUGGUGAUGGACGAACCCACGAGCGCGCUGGAUGCUGAGACGGCGGAGAUGGUGAAGGGGACGAUUCGAGGGCUGAUAGCCGAGGCGAGCAAAUCUGGCAUGGCGGUUGUCAUUGUGACGCAUGCUCGAGAGAUGAUGCAGCUCGCCGAGAGAAUCUUGGUUUUGGAGGACGGCAGUGUGGUUGAGGAAGGGACCUGUGAGGAGUUGAGGGGACGAAACGGGGCUUUUACAAGAAUGGCCUACCAAGACCAAGUCGAUGCGCUUGCCAAGGACCGACUCUUUCUGCAGCGGAACAGUCCGAGUUCUGACCAGAAGCGGAUCCUCGAGAACAACGAAGACAACCAGCACGCUCAGAGUGACCAGUCUACCCCUCCGGCUGCCUCUGCCAGGCAGCGGAAGCUUCUGCAGACCACCCUUGUCACAGAGUUUCUCAAGCCCGCUACUAUUUCCGAAUACUAUCAGGGCAACCUCAAGCGCCAGAAUGCUGACGACGACAAGGACGUCGACUAUCCCCUGACCAUUACCGAUCCCAACUGGCAGUGGGGCAACCCCACGGCCAUUGUAACCUCUAGCAACCGAGACAAGACAGUCACGCUUCUUUAUUUCACCAGCACCACCUUGGAGUGGCACCGUCCUGACAGUGUUGAUGGUCCAAGGACGAUCACAACGACCACAACCGUUACCGAAGGCACCGUCACAAACCAGCCCGUGACUUCCCUCGUGGAUACCUCUAGAACCUCCGAGGAGCAUGAGGUGUCCACUGUCGUUGAGACCAUUAUCAAGACUGCAACUGCUCCUGCCUCUAGGUCGAUCGCUGAACCUGCAGCCACCAGUGCUGCCGCUGCAGAGGCGAAGGACAAGGUCGAAACCAAGCACGUCGUGAUCAUCAUCGCUGCCGUCGGCGUCUUCGCGAUUUUUCUCUUCAUGAUGGCCAUAGUCGUGCCUCGCCUCAAGCGUUGCUACAAGAGAAGAAAGGCUAACAACGAAGUCAUUGAGCUUUGCCAAAACUAUGUCAGCAGCCAGCGGAACUGGAACGAGGAAAAUCGCAACAAAGACGAGCAGCUGCCUUUUACAGGCACUCCUGUUCCCGCCAUGGAUACAGUUACCCAGCGCGGUCCCUAUGAUUACCCCAUGCGGUAUGCGGCCGACCCCACUGCUGGUUUUCCGGCCGAGUUGCACCAUCAGGGCAGCCAGCACGGCUCAGGCGGAAUCCAGGAGGCCCGGGCAUACCAUGAGACACCCAUUCCCGCUUCGAGCCACGACGAGUAUUCGCAUCCUGUCAACGGCCAACAGAAAUAUCCGGUGGAGCUCCCAAGCAAUGGAACUGAUGUCUCCCCACGUCUUCAACAGUGCUGUAAACGUCCGUGCAUGCAGAGCGCUAUCGAUGCGCCUCGGUCCCAGGGCAGGCGCUCAACGCAGGAAGACAUGAGCGAGAACCGACAACGCACAGCUCCUUUGGACCUUGACGCCAACACACCCAUCACCUACCGAUAUCUCGGCUUUGAGACUCUUUUGCCUAGUAUACGCUACGCCGAUAUUGACGUGGAUGCGCAGCAACGCCUGCCACCAUGUCCCGACGACUCCAAGUUCGGCUCACCAUUGCAGUGGCCCCAGCAUCGUAAGCAUCUCGUGCUGGCCCUGUCUUGCGCGGCGACUUUUCUUACGGCAUACACAUCCGGCUCGUACUCUCCUCCCGUCGCAGCCAUGGCAGAGGACCUCGGCUCGUCCAACAUUGCCAUGAUCGCCGGCAUCACAACGUUUUGCAUCGGCUUUGCCCUCUCACCAAUGGUACUAGCACCCAUCUCGGAAAUCUACGGCAGAAGAAUCGUGCUUGUUCCCUCGGGCAUAACCUAUGUUGCUUUCCAGGCCGUCUGUUCAGUCAUGCCGAACCUGGCUGGCAUGCUGAUCGCCCGCCUUUUCGUGGGCAUCGGAGGAGCUGUCUUCAGCUCCGUCAUUGGGGGCAUCAUUGCCGACAUGUGGACCAAGGAUACGCGCAAUACCCCGAUGGCCCUCUUCAGCGGCUCGGUCCUGGCUGGCACUGGUGCAGGGCCCCUCCUUGCCGCCGUUAUGAUGAGCAGGAUCGGGAAUAAGACUCUUGCCUGGAAGUGGGUAUUUUGGCACCAAGUCAUCGUAGACGCCGUGCUGGUCGUCUUGAUCGUCUUUUUCUUGGACGAGAGUCGUGGGUCUGUCUUGCUGUCGCGCAAGGCCAAGGUCCUUAACGAAUGGUACAAGGCACUGGAGGAUGCCGGCGUCUACGGUUGUCGGUUCGAGGAACCCGAGAUUCUGAGCGACAGUAGCGACACGACGACGUCGGGCAGCGACGAAAAACUUGCCUCUUGCCAGUGGACUGCCGCCGACCAGCCUUCUCGAGCGAUGACAACAACAGUCCGCCUGCGCUGGCUCGUGAAGGAGGACGAAGAGCGCGCUUCCCUGGCACAGCUGAUGAAGACAUCGAUGAUUCGGCCGUUCCACCUGCUAGUCGCCGAAUCUGUCGUCUUCUUCUUUUCCCUCUGGUGUGCCUUUGCCUGGGCGGUGCUCUACUGCACCUUUGGCACCAUCCCGCUGGCGUUUUCUCGCGUACGCGGCAUGAAUAUGGAACAAUCGGGAUACUUCUUCGGCUCCAUGAUUGUUGGUGCUUGCGUCGGCACCGUCGUCAGCAUCUACCAGGAUCGCCUUCUGGCCCUGCCCCAAUGGCGAGCCGACAGCCCUGUCGAGACGCAUUCCUCGUUCUGGCGUCUCAUGAGGCGCCGUUUCCCAGCCGAGGCCCCCGAGUCGCGGCUUUACUUCACCUGCCUCACCGCGACUUUCCUGCCGGUCGGCCUCUUCCUCUUUGGCUUCACCGUCGGCUCCGACGCGCACUGGAUCGCGCCUGCUUGCGGCAUCGGGCUCGCGACCUGGGGCAUCUACUCUGUGUACCUCGCCACUUUCAACUACUUUGCCGACAUUUACCACAUGUACGCCUCGUCGGCGCUCGCCGCGCAGUCUUUCUGCCGGAAUCUGCUAGGAGGUGCGUUUCCGCUGGUCACGGGGGCGUUGUUCACGAAUCUGGGGGAGGCGCGGGCCGGUGCGUUGCUGGGCGGCAUCGCCACGGCGUUGACGGUUAUACCGUGGGCGUUGGUGUUUUUCGGACAACGGAUUCGGUCGCGCAGCAGGUUCGCCAUUGCACUUCAACCACAGUAA